AUGGAAAAGUCUACCUGCGACGUGGCCGGAGCAAGGUCAAACAAGUCAGCCUUCGCCCCUGCUCCAGCGGAACAGGAUGUGUGCGGUGUAAUCAGGGUGGAAAGUUGGAGCUAUAAGUACGCCGAGAAGAUAGUACAAGAUGCUUCGUAUGUCCUCAACAUGACCGUCGUAGAUCGGCAGUCCGCGGCUGCGUGUACCCUGGGGGAAUCCUUCGGCUACCAGAAAGCCACACUUUGGGUGGAUCACGGCUGUCGUGCUGACUUCAAAGUUUGCUAUCUCCCAGUGAGGCCGACCGAGUGCCAAGUACUCAGGGUGGAAAGUUGGAACUACAAGUACGCCGAGAAGAAGGUGGCCAGAGCUGCAUUGUUCAUUGACAUGACCGUGGAAGAUCGGCAGUCCGCCGCCAGUUGCGAUCUGGAUAAAUCCUUCGGCUCCUACAAUCAGAACUCCACAGUGUGGGUGGACCAUGGUUGCCGUGCCGACUUCAAUAUCUGUUAUGUCAAAGGUAGGUGUGACGCCAGUAAAGCAGAAUAUUUUACGAGAUGUAAGACAGCCUGCGAGAACAAGGAAUGUACUGUUUUGACAUUUGGACAGUUUGCUACGAACUGGGUAUUCUGAAUCGAGGUUCUUUAAAAAACUCACGAACUGGCAAUUCGGUUCAAGUUCCCACAUGACUUGCAUUUAUUGGCACAAUUUAUCUUGGAUUACUUAGAACCGCACUUUGUCUUGGCUCGUACUUUCUCUAGCACGGUGUGCUUAUUGAGAAGUUCACAACUGGUAUAACUUCUGAGUGACAUUAAAAAACAGAACUAGUGCCGUAAAACGCCUGCUCAAACGACAUUAAGUAAAUGUACAUUGUACAUACUGUUUCUCUGCGUUCUUUCCUCUUUGCUUCCAACUGGAUCACUGCUCCAACCUUGCACAAGAAACAUUUCU